AUGCCUCCCCAAACACUAAAAAGACCUACAGAAGAUGUGAGUUAUAGUAAUGAUGAGGACGAGUAUGACACAUGGGUAAACAAAAAAAAGUCAAGAUAUUUAUAUACAUACAAACUAAAAUCACAAUCACCUGAUUUAUUUCAAAAUAUAAAUGAUUCAGAUGAAUCUGAAAGUAUUCAUAGUACCCAAUCCAAAGCUACAAUGGAGGUAGCAGAUCUUCUUGAUUUUUCAUCUGUAACAAGUUGUUACACAGACUGUGAUUGUGACGAUUCUAGUCAAAGUGAUUGUGACUAUAUAAGUUCAAGUCAAUCAGAUCCAUCAGAAUGUGAGGAAGUUGAAACAAAGAAUAUCAUCCUUGACAUUGAAAAGAAGAGUUACAUUUCUGAAGAUACAGAUUCACAAAUAUUCAUUUCAGAGACAAAUUUCAAAUCUCCAGUAGUUUUUGAAAAAUGCUGUCAAUGCCUAAAACCAAAUUCCAACCAUAAUUUUCAAUACUGUAAUCAGUGUUUUAAAUAUCGGAUGCAAUUAUUUGAAAGCACAUCAAAUCCAAAACCGAAGAGAAUCAAACGGUUAUACGAUAUGGCCAACCGUGCAGAAGAAAAUUAUUUGCCUAAAGAUUGUCAAUCAUCUUCCACCUCAAAUUCCCAAGAGUCCUUAAAUUCACUUGGAAUCUCUGGUCUAUGUUUAUCGCAAGAUGCUUCUAAUACAUUUGAAAACGCUACAAACAAUUGUAAUAUUUGUUUUUUGAAACCUAAAAAUGGCAUUUUUAACCAUGGCAAAACGGCGCAUGUAUAUUGUUGCUACACAUGUGCCAAACAUAUAUGGAGUAGAUCGGGUAAAUGUCCUAUUUGUAAUUUAAAAAUUAGAUAUGUUACGAAAGCUGUUCGUGUUUGA